AUGAGAGUUUCAGAGAGUGCAGGUCAAAAAUUAAGAAGAAUGAAUAUAGAUUAUUCUUAAUUUCAAAUGCCAGAGAAUUCUCUUGAAUAUUACUUAAAACCUUUUAGACAAAAAUUAAAUUGUCACAAACUUUUACAAAAAUAAUAAUCUCCUUAGAGAGAAACUUUGCAUACCAUUUCUUGCAGAAUUAGACCCUAAAUAAUUAAUUAAUAAUUAAUUGAACCAAAUUAUUAAAAGAGCUUAUAAACUCUACCUAUUAGAUAACCUGUUUCUCAAAAUGUUAAUCGUACUUUUAUUUUAAGAAAUAAGAAACCAAGCAUUUAAGAACGAUAUAAAUAGAUUAUGGUAAAUUUAAUUGAAUAAAUAGGAAUAUAACGUUGAAGAACAAUUUAUUGAAUUGAGAAGAUUAAUGACUAGAUAGAAAAAAUCAUCCAGUCUUGGAAAAAGAGUUAAAUUCAUACCAUGA